GGUGAUAGUGUUCAAUCGAUUGAACAACAACAAACAAAAAAGUGUGCAAAUAAUUAAUAAAUCAACAAUGGCACACGAUCGGGAGGUGCUACGUAUGAUAUGGGAGGGGCAAAUUGGCAUUUGUUUUCAAGCGGACAGCGAUGAAAUUGUCGGCAUUAAGCCAGAACCCUUCUAUCUAAUGGUCUCCCGUCUCAGCUACUUGCCACUGGUCACAGACAAGGUGCGAAAAUAUUUCACGCGCUACAUUGCUGCCGAGCAUCAAGAGGGCGCCGUCUGGUUUGAUUUCAAUGGAACUCCCCUGCGUCUUCAUUAUCCAAUUGGUGUGCUCUAUGAUCUGCUGCAUCCGGAUGAGGACAGCACGCCCUGGUGCAUCACAAUGCACUUUUCCAAAUUUCCCGAAGAAGCGCUUGUCAAACUAAACACAAAAGAGCUACUGGAAUCGCAUUUCCUGUCCUGUCUCAAGGAGGCCGAUGUCCUGAAGCAUCGUGGUCUGGUUAUAUCCGCCAUGCAAAAGAAAGAUCACAAUCAACUCUGGCUGGGAUUAAUCAAUGAGAAGUUCGAUCAGUUCUGGGCAGUGAAUAGACGCCUCAUGGAACCCUACAGCGAUCAGGAGUCAUUCAAAAACAUUCCCGUGCGUUUUUACAACGAUGAUGAUUUCACGUACAUGCAAAAACUAAUUUCACCUUUAAGCGAAAGCGGACAAAAGAAGAAUCUAAGCGAUCUCAUGGCCGAAUUAUCAACACCUGUGCGCAAAGCAGUUGGAUUUCGCACCCAUGGCAUCGAUCUGCACGAGGAGACGCAACUGCAAUGGAUGUCCGAGCAUUUGAGUUAUCCCGACAAUUUUCUGCAUUUAUCGGUUGACUAUAAGAUCAUAUAACUGUCUCAAAUGGAGAUGAAAAGGAAUGGAAUUCACCAGUGAUUUGGAAAUACCCCAGAUCGAUAACAAAUACAAAACAUACUUUAGAUGUAAGGCUAUAUUGUUAAGUUCAAUGUACAAUACAAAUUACUACGGACAUACUAAAUACAUACUAUUCGAUGUACCAUAUUUAUGCAAUAAUAUAUAGUAGCUUGUUUUAGCAUUUAUACGUAACGCAUGUUGUUUUGAGCAAAAGAAAGAAAGAAAGAAACGAAGCAAAAUAAAAAACAAAUGAAACUUAAAA